UUGUUCAGAUGUACCUUUGUGGUUGAUUCCAGAUCCCAUUGUUGAUUUAUAUUUUUUGAAAACAAGUAAAAGAAAGAUGUCAGAGGUUGUAGUGGAGGAGAUAAAAGUUUGGCAGGGUCAAAUAUGGGGUGGCUACCUACAAAUGUAUACUGACGGGUCGAGGGAUCCUGAGAGUGGUAAAGUGGCUUUUGGUAUUAGCAUACCUGAAAUAGGCUAUAAAAAAAGGUUGUAGAUUCCAGAUCGCUUAUCAGUGUUUACUGCAGAGUUGGUGGCAGUUCUAUGGGCAGUAAGGUGGGUUGAAGAUAACGAACAGGAACAUUCUGUCAUAUGUAGUGAUUCAGCUGCAUCCCUAAUUACAAUUAAAGGUACCAAAACUAAGUCCAGGCCUGAUGUGCUUGUGGAAAUUAUGCAGGUGUUGUAUAGAAUUCAUAAAGCAGGGUAUGAGGUGGGGUUUCUGUGGGUUCCGGCACACAUGGGUGUGGAGGACAAUGAGGAGGCAGAUGAGGUGACAAAGAAAGCAGUGUAGGAGGAAAGAGUUCAAAUUAAUGUGCAGUAUGGGUUACCAGACUACUCUGAAAUAAUUAAUAGGUCUGUAAAAGAAAUGUGGCAAAAUUCAAGGGAUUGUGAAUGGAAGGGGAGAACAUAUUAUUCAGUACAAAGUAUGGUAGGAAAAUAAAGAUGUGAUUAUAGAUGUAAGAGAAGAGAUGCAGUAGUUUUAUCCAGUUUGAAGCUUGGGCAUUGUGGGCUGGCUCUGAUUAGUAAACAUCCUGAUGGAAAGUGUGAAUGGAAACAAGGAAACAGUGAAGCAUGUAUUAGUGCAGUGCAGGAUGUACUCUUGUCAGAGGAAGAAAUUGUUCAGAGAACUGGGUGCACCUGGAUAAACGUUUUUUACUUUACGCACUUUAUUGAAUUUGGACAGUUGGAGCAAAUUGAAGCAACUGAUGGAGUACUUGCGACGUAUUGGAGUAUAUAAUAAGAUAUAGCUAUUUAUAAUAAGUUGUGAAUAGCGAGUAGAAACCAGUGGAGGGCAGCAAUACGACAUAGAUACGUCUAGCCUGCUGGGAACAACAAGAAGGAGAAGAAGAAAAAAAAAAAAGAGGGCCGACACUCCUUUACAGUAGGUGGUAGUAAUGCACCAAUAGCGUUGGAAGGCCAACCGCCGUUAAACCCCAGAGGAAGAAAGCUCGUAUUUUUCCGGCAUUUUCCGUUAGUCUUCGAACGACAGCAUAGCGACCAUUUUGCUAUUUGCCAGUUGGAGUCCAUGGUAGAUGUGCAGCAGGGGUUCAAAUAAAAAAUAUAAAUACAAAAAUAAAUUUCAUCCGGCAAUGGACGGCAUUGUCAGUGAUGUUGCUGUUGGCGUGAAGAGGAGCUCAGAAGAGUUGAACAUCUACAGCUCCAGCCCUAACUCAGUGACUGCUAAUGGCAAUGACACCAGUAAAAAACUAAGAGUGGAGGAUAGAAUGGAGAGUCCGCCAUCCCGAGUCCUCCACAUUAGAAAGCUUCCCAGCGAGGUAUCAGAAACAGAGGUUAUCGCCCUGGGCUUACCGUUCGGCAAGGUCACCAACAUCCUUAUGCUGAAAGGCAAGAAUCAGGCUUUCUUGGAACUGAGUACAGAGGAAGCGGCUGUUACCAUGGUUAACUACUAUACGGCGGUAAUUCCCCAAGUUCGCAAUGUCCCUGUGUUUAUCCAAUUUUCUAACCACAAAGAGCUGAAGACAGACAGCGCUCUCAACCAGCGUGCGCAGGCUGUCCUCCAGGCUGUGUCAGCGGUACAGGAGGGUGGGUCUCCAAACUCGGACACAACUGCGCUGGACAGUGUUCUUGCCCAAGCUCCCAGCCCGGUGCUCAGGAUAAUUAUUGACAACAUGUUCUACCCCGUUACUCUGGAUGUCCUCCAGCAGAUCUUCUCUAAGUUUGGAACAGUCAUGAAGAUCAUCACAUUCACCAAGAACAACCAGUUCCAGGCCCUGCUCCAAUUCAGUGAACCAGUGAACGCCCAGCAAGCUAGGCUGUCCCUGGAUGGCCAGAACAUCUACAACUCUUGCUGCACCCUGCGAAUUGACUUCUCCAAACUCGUCAACCUCAAUGUCAAAUACAAUAACGACAAGAGCCGUGACUACACCCGGCCCGAGCUUCCUGCCGGUGAUGGCCAGCCAGCUGUCGACCCAGCUAUGGCUGCUGCCCUCAACAAAGACUCAUCCUCCUUGCUUGGUACCCCCUCUGGAAUGAUUGCACCCUACUCUAGUGGUGGCGGGUUUCCAUCUUCUCUCUCCCUCUCGCAGGGUGGAGGGGCAAUCAGUCCUUUGACCGCUGCGGCCGCAGCUGCAGCAGCGGCCGGAAGAGUGGCGCUGUCUGGACACUCUGGUUGCAGCGGUGUGCUUCUGGUCAGCAACCUCAACGAGGAGAUGGUUACGCCCCAAAGUCUGUUUACCCUCUUCGGGGUGUAUGGUGAUGCUCAGCGUGUGAAAAUCCUCUACAACAAGAAGGACAGUGCUCUUAUCCAGAUGUCGGACGGGAACCAGGCACAGCUUGCCAUGAGCCACCUGAAUGGCCAGAAGAUGUAUGGAAAGAUUAUUCGUGUCACGCUUUCUAAGCACCAGACCGUGCAGCUGCCACGAGAAGGACUGGAUGACCAGGGCCUAACCAAGGACUUUACGAACUCCCCCCUGCACCGCUUCAAGAAGCCCGGCUCCAAGAACUUUCAAAACAUCUUCCCUCCAUCUGCCACGCUCCACCUCUCCAACGUUCCGGACGAUGUGACAGAGGAGGAUCUGCGACUGCUGUUCUCUAACGCUGGUGGCACAGUGAAGGCCUUCAAGUUUUUUCAAGACCACAAAAUGGCGCUCCUACAGAUGUCCACAGUCGAGGAGGCCAUCCAGGCAUUGAUGGACCUCCACAACUAUGACAUGGGCAGAAACCAUCACCUCAAGGUUUCUUUCUCCAAGUCCACAAUUUAGAGGAAUUAACAUCACCACAAACCCCUUCCAUGACAAACCUGUGUGAGGUUUG